AUGGAUUUUGAGAAGGAGCUGGAGGGUGACGAGGCUUUCCAGGAGUUUGUGUCGGUGCAUCAUAACCGCAGCCAGUUGACUACCCGGGCCAAUGACUCUCUGCUCCAAUCAGCAGCCCCCGAGACUGGCCAGGGGAGGAGUCAGGAGAAGAAGAAGAAGCUUUAUUACCUCAACUUUGAGUCAGAAGAGAAGAAGAAGGAUGAGGAACAGGGUGCUGCGGAGGAUGAAGAUGAUGAUGAGGAAGAUGAGCCUGCCCCUAUGCAACUGACAGACAGUGCCUAUGAGAGUGGGGAUAGAGAUGGUAUCCAGAGGGCCAAAGCACCAGUCCCUUCACUGAAUAAAAGCCAGGGCAAACUUAGCAAGUCUGUCAAACAGCAGGAGACUGAAUUCACAGUGAAACUGCGAGAAUGUCCCUUCAACAUCAAAGAGCAACAAGUGCGAGAGUUCAUGACUACUUUGAAGCCUGCAGCCAUUCGAAUCAUCAAGAAUGUCACCGGCAACAAAACUGAGUAUAUGUAUGUGGAUCUGCGCUCAGAAGAGGAGGUGAAAAAGUCUCUGAAGAAGAACAAAGACUACAUGGGUUGCUCUAUAUUGAGGUGUUUCGGACAAGUGUGA